AUGAAUACAACCACACCGGAAGCCCAUGGAGCUAAUGGUUUCGUUCCCGGGACGGUGCAUUUGGUGGAUAUGCAAGGCGUGAUGCAGACGAAACACGCGAAGGGUGCCGAAAACGAUAUUGUGUUGGUACCUCAACCAUCAACGCACCCUGACGAUCCAUUGAACUGGCCAAGUCGAAGAAAACUCCUGUCAGUGUUUUGUAUGUCUACGUACGUGCUUGUCACAGGCAUUUGUUCUUCUGCUCUAUACUCGACAUUGGAUCCACUCUCGGAAGCAACUGGGAUUUCGAUAGCAGAUCUGAACGCUGGAACUGGCUACAUGUUCCUAGCUUUUGGCUGGGGAUGCUUAUUGUGGCAAGCAAUCGCCCUCCAAUAUGGAAAACGUCCAGUCUACCUGAUAUCUCUCUUGGGUACCAUGGCUAUCAUGGUCUGGCAGCCAUAUAUCAGAAGCAAUGGCCAAUGGAUUGUGGCGAAGCUUUUGCAGGGCGUUUUUGGUUCUCCUAUCGAAUCUUUGGGCGAGAUCUCUGUCUCGGACGUGUUUUUUACACACGAACGUGGCAGAUACCUCGCUGUAUAUGCGUUGGCACUUGGGUACAGCAACGGCAUUGCACCACUUAUUAUGGCGUUCAUCACCAGUGGUCAAGGGUGGCGAUGGGUUUUUUAUUGGUGCGCGAUAUUCAGUGCAGGCGCAUUUGUCAUCCUGUUCUUCUGCCUGGAAGAGACCAAUUUUGAUCGGCCAUCAGUCACGGGCAUGGAAGAGUCAGCAGCUAUAGGCGGCACGCUUACUGCGAGCACUGAUGAAGCCGGACCUCAGACCGCAGACCUCGAAAGUCGCGUUCACCAGCACGGAGACAACAAAUCUGCUGCACUUGAGAGCAGUGGUACAGAGCAAGCUCAUGGUGAUGUUGAACUAGUUACGAAAUCCUACCUGGCGAAAUUACGACCUUUUCAACCAGGUGUCUUCCGUCGAAAAUGCCACCUCGGUCUCCUGAUGCUCCGCCCAUUACAGCUUACCUUUUUACCUAUAGUGGCGUAUGCGGGUUUCCUAUACGGGUGCAAUAUCAUUUGGUUAUCUGUCCUGAAUGCUACAGAAUCACUGGUUCUCUCCAGAAACCCAUAUAAUUUUGCAACAUGGCAAGUCGGACUCACCUUUAUCGCACCCAUAGUUGGCACCACGCUUGGAUCUCUCUAUACCGGACUUUUUGGAGAUUGGCUGAUUGUCAAACUCGCACGCCGCAAUGGUGGUUAUUUCGAAGCGGAAUUCCGGCUUUGGCUAUUCGUCCUAUUGCUUGUCUUAAUCCCCUUUGGUAAUAUUCUGUGGGGUGUUGGGGCAGAACAUGAUAUUAACUGGUUUGGACUUGUCUUCGCGAUGGGAACGAUUUCUUUUACCACCACUUCCGGCUCUCAAGCUUCAAUCGCCUACCUGAUCGACGCUUACCGUGACUUGAGCGGUGAGGCUCUUGUGACGGUCAUCAUUAUUCGAAAUACUAUGUCUUUUGGCAUCGGUUAUGCCGUCACCCCCUGGGUCGUCAAUCUGGGUUAUCAGAAUGCUUUCCUCCUAGCAGCUUUUAUCGGCUUAGCACACAACUUGACAAUAUUUCCAGUCAUGAAAUGGGGGCGAGAGUUGCGACGCCGGAGCGCAACCACAUACUGGCGCUAUUUGGAGUCUGCUCGUGAGAAAGGUAUCUCUCAUUGA